UCGGGGAGCAUGAGCUGGGUCGCGGCGAGCAGGGAGGACUGCGGGAGGCCAACGCCUGGGGGACACAGCACCGUUCACAGGGUUCUGCCAUCCCACACAAUUCCGGAAAGACUGCACAGGACUGGAUAAAUAACUAAGAUACGUUUUGGACGUGGAUUUAAAUCGUUCCUUGGGUCCAAGAUAAUUUGGCUUUAAGAAGUUGCGUGACCAGCCACUUCCUGCUUGCUCAACCAAAGGGUGAAUGACAUAACAGAGUGUACUGAACAUCAACACAAAGUGGCAGAGACUUAAGCUGAAGGUACAGUAUAUUGUUUGCACUGAAGGAGCUCGUGUGUGGACAAGAAAGCGCUGACAGCUCAGAUGGAUCCCAUGGAACUGAGAAAUGUCAACACUGAACUUGAUGAUGAGAGCAGCAGUGGAGAAAGUGCUCAAGACUGCUACACCAGGAUGGGAAAUUUAGAAAAGACAGCCAUGAGCAGUCAAUUUGCUAAUGAAGAUACUGAAAGUCGGAAAUUCCUGACAAAUGGAUUUUUGGGGAAAAAGAAGCUGGCAGAUUAUGACGAUGAACAUCAUCCUGGAACCACCUCCUUUGGAAUGUCUUCAUUCAACCUGAGUAAUGCCAUCAUGGGCAGUGGAAUCUUGGGCCUGUCUUACGCCAUGGCUAACACAGGGAUCAUACUUUUUAUAAUCAUGCUGCUCGCUGUGGCGAUAUUAUCACUCUAUUCAGUUCACCUCUUGUUAAAGACUUCAAAGGAAGGAGGAUCUCUAAUUUAUGAAAAGUUAGGGGAAAAGGCAUUUGGAUGGCCUGGGAAAAUUGGAGCUUUCAUUUCCAUUACAAUGCAGAACAUCGGAGCAAUGUCAAGCUACCUCUUCAUCAUUAAAUACGAACUGCCUGAAGUAAUCAGAGCAUUCAUGGGACUUGAAGAAAAUUCUGGAGAAUGGUACCUCAAUGGCAACUACCUCGUCAUAUUUGUGUCGGUGGGAAUCAUUCUUCCACUCUCUCUUCUUAAAAAUUUAGGUUACCUUGGUUAUACCAGCGGAUUUUCACUUACCUGCAUGCUGUUUUUUGUCAGUGUGGUGAUUUAUAAAAAAUUCCAAAUACCCUGCCCUCUACCCAUUCUGGAUCACAAUGUUGGAAAUCUGACAUUCAACAAUACACUUCCAAUGCAUGUGGUAAUGUUACCCAAUAACUCUGAGAGUAGUGAUGUGAACUUCAUGAUGGAUUACGCCCACCAGAAUCCUUCAGGGCUAGAUGAGAACCAGGCCAAGGGCUCUCUUCAUGGCAGUGGAGUAGAGUACGAAGCACACAGUGAUGACAAGUGUCAACCCAAAUACUUUGUAUUCAACUCCCGGACGGCCUAUGCAAUUCCUAUCCUAGCAUUUGCUUUUGUAUGCCACCCUGAGGUCCUUCCCAUCUACAGUGAACUUAAAGACCGGUCCCGGAGGAAGAUGCAAACAGUGUCAAAUAUUUCCAUCACGGGGAUGCUCAUCAUGUACCUGUUUGCUGCCCUCUUUGGUUACCUAACCUUUUAUGGAGAAGUUGAAGAUGAAUUACUUCAUGCUUACAGCAAAGUGUACACGUUUGACACCCCUCUCCUCAUGGUGCGCCUGGCGGUCCUUGUGGCAGUGACACUGACUGUGCCCAUUGUUCUGUUCCCAAUUCGUACAUCUGUGACCACACUGCUAUUUCCCAGAAGACCCUUCAGCUGGAUAAGACAUUUCCUGAUUGCAGCCAUACUUCUUGCACUUAAUAAUAUUUUGGUCAUCCUUGUGCCAACUAUAAAAUACAUCUUUGGAUUCAUAGGGGCUUCUUCUGCCACUAUGCUGAUUUUCAUCCUUCCAGCAGCUUUUUAUCUUAAACUCGUCAAAAAAGAACCUCUUCGGUCCCCCCAAAAGGUUGGGGCUUUGGUUUUCCUUGUGGUUGGCAUUAUCUUCAUGAUGGGAAGCAUGGCGCUCAUUAUAACUGACUGGAUUUACAAUCCCCCAAGUUCCAAGCAUCACUAACCCAAGGAAAAAUACUUUUUUUUUUCUACUGGAAAUGGGUGCAAAUUAUGCUCCAAAAGACAUCUGAGUUAUAUUGAUUAUAACAAGAAGAUUCCAAGGACGUUUACUAGUGACAUCACCAGGUACCUUCAGAAGAGAAAAUCAUCAUUGUUCUCAAGAAUGGCUGUUUAGGUGUUUAAAAUCUGUGGUGCACACUUCUACCCAGGUUUUACUAGAAGCAGUGUGAAAUGAUGUAUUUUUGCUGCUGUACAAGCAGAAUAAGUGUAGCUGCGUGUAAUGGUCAUCAGAUAAUACCUUUCCCUCCCCACUCCCCUCACCUGCCCCUGCCAAAAAGGUACCAAAUACUUGUAUUCUCAGAACAUCAACCGAAAAUGCCCUGGUGGUAAAUGUAUCACUACACUUAAUGCCUUUCCCUAUUCUUGCACCCAAAACUCUGGGUCUAUUUAAUAACAGAGGCAAAAGGCUGUCUUAGGAGCUGUCCCUGUAAGGCACAUGAAUGACCACACACCAGGUUAGAACAUCAUAUGGUCAACAGUAAAGGAAUAUUUGCCCAUCCUGUUUGUGACGUUGAAUUAGUGACUUCUUCAUUCACUAGGUGUUUUUGUUGUUGUUGUUGUUUUGUAAAUGUUAAAACAGCUUACUAAACAUAGAGAGGGGUUUUAUUUAAAUUGUAGAGAAACAACAAAAAUAAUGCUGUAUAGCUAAACUGCCUGUUCUGGGAGCAUUUGCUUUUUUUAAUGUUAUUCCUAAUCCUCUUGUCCUACUUUUGUCACUGAACAAUGCUUUCCCUCUCGUCUUCCAUUCUCAUUCAGAAUUUUUAGAAGGCCACGGUUCACGUGGAGCUACAUUACCCAGUAUUGUUUGAUACAUUUUUAUUUGAUAAACAUUCAGUGCAGGAAACUGUGAUUGCUAUAUGUUUAUGUAUAUGAUCUUAUUCUGUAGUCAUCAGAAUUUUAAUGUAUGGUACAUUUGAUUGUUAUUUUUUACAUGUGUAGUUUUCUCUCUUUACAGUCAAAACAUUUAUAUUAUUGGGGGUGGGGGCAGGGAAUUAAGUGGAUGGGUGCAAAAAUCCAUUUGUAUGUAUCUGUCUAUGGGGGAUAUUUUAAAUUUGAAACCUAAGUUAUAUAUGGUUCAGUAAUGCUCUUCUCUAAUGUUUACAAUAACAUCAUAAUCACCUACAAGAAAACAAGUUCCUAUUUGCAAAUAAUUAUUAAUACGAAGCUUGUUCGUUUAAUUUAGCAUGUCUAAAAUAGCAUCUAGUUCAUUUUAGCUUGCACAGGUGUUGGCUGACAUUCAUUUGCCAUUUAAUACAAUGUUGAGUGGUUCUCCAUAAAAAUAAAAGUGCUAACACUGCAAACAGAAGCAAACUAUUAUUUUUGCUCACUUCUACAACAUACAUGAAAUGGAUUUAUAAAUGAGACUCAUUACCUGGAAUUUCUGGAGUUUGCUACUUGUUUUUUUCAAAUCAGUAGCAAGAACAUUUGUUAUAUAUUUUAUAUUUUAGUAAGGCCAAGUGUGAAUACACGUAUCAUGAAUACAGUAUAAGUAUGAUAACAUUAAAUCAUAUUUCAAUUGUUUUUUUCUAAAAUGUGCCUUAAGAAAAUAUGUAUUUUUAUGUAUUAUUUUCUAGAGGCAAUAAUACUGUAAAAUGGUGCACUUUGUUAUGGAAUUUGAGCAUUACUAGAAACUAUCAUAACUUUUGGGUUACUGUUAGAAAAAAAUUGCCAAGUAGCAUCUUUAAAAUAUAUUUUCAUUCAUCACUAGCAAGUGAAAAAAGAUACCUUCUGAGUGUUAAAAAAUGUUUAAUCUGAAUGUAUUUAAAUGUAAAUAUCAACAAAUAAUCCAAAAAAAUGGAAAACUGUAAAAUCUGUAUAUAUUUUGAAUACUUUGCAUUUGAAAUGACUAACUUGAAAAUAUCAAUGUAUGUAAUUCUAUAAAUAUUCAAGAGCAAUACUACAGUGCCAACUAAUAAAGAACCAUUUGUUUCUCAUGGCCAUUUUCAGGAUAAGUUCUCAUAGACUGCAGGGCAGACAUACAUAUGGUUUCUUGUACUGGUUAAUUUAACCCCAUUUAUAAACAGAUGAAAAUUUUAUUUUCUUAUUGCAUUUAUAAGAUGGUUCAAUGUAUUGGGAGGCUUUUUUUUAUUACAGAAAGUGUAUAUUAGUAUAUAAUAAACGAACUUUUCAAAUGAC